CUGUAAGUCCUACAACCAUGUCUUCUACUUCCUCCACUUCUCCGGCUAUCGUCCAUUCUGUAAUUAGAGACUUCUACUAUAGAAGGCUUCUACUCCACACUCCCCUCUAUAAACAACCCACUCAACUAAACCCAUCAUGGACCGGCCUGGGCGGUUCUGAGCCGGAUUCCGGCAGACCGGUGAGUAGCUUAGAUGCCAACGUCGUCAUGAUCCUCGCCGUCCUCCUAUGUGCUUUAAUAUGUGCGCUAGGACUCAAUUCCAUCGUCCGGUGCGCACUCCGGUGCUCGAACCCGAUGGCGGUCGAGCCCGAGACCGACCCGGUGGCCCUCCGGUUCGCCCAGACCGGGAAAAGGAGGAAGGCCCUCCGAGACCUGCCCACCCUGGUCUACUCGGCCGGGCUCAAGCUCGAUGGGGCUAACACAGAGUGUGCCAUCUGUCUCUCGGAUUUCGUGCCUGGGGAAAGGGUCCGGUUCCUGCCCAAGUGCAACCAUGGGUUCCAUGUUAGGUGCGUCGACCGGUGGCUCAUCGCACGGUCGUCGUGCCCGACCUGCCGGCAAUGUUUGUUUUGUUCGAACCCGAAGACCUCCGAUUGCGCCGAGGUGAAUCAGCCCGGCCGAGCACCGGUUCAGGAAGUCCUAGUGCCGUUGGAACCAGAAGGUUUGAUUACUAGUUAUUAAUCUUAGCAAGGGAUUGUUAGUUGGAUUUUAUAUAAAUAUAUUGGGCAAAACAGGGCUGUUGACGACUUGAAUUCACUUCAGAGUUCCAAAUGUAUGUAAGCCGUAUAUACUGAGCAGCUGAAAAGUUUUGAGUGUAUGUACAGUAAAAGAAUAUAUAUAAAGAGAAGAGUGCUGUGCUUACUUUUUUAA